AUGCAGUUUGGUCCAAAGAUUCCGUGCCCCUUCCCAACUGUCACAGCAUCAUUCUAUCACCAUGUCAGGUCCUUCCCAGACAAUGUGGCCCUCCAUGACCUGUCUGGUGAAACCACCCGACUCAUCACAUAUCGCCAGCUGGCUGUUCGGGCUCAGGCUCUCGCCGCCCAACUCCGCAGCCUUGGCGUUCUUCCCAACAUGAGGAUCCCUCUUGUUGUAAAGAGGAGCGCCGAGAUGGUGGUGGGCAUAUGGGCCAUCCUGUCUUGUGGCGCUCAAUACGUGCCUCUCGAUGGAGGUGUCGUACCGGACUCAACCAUCCGCCACGUCUUUGAGCAGUCGGGAGGCAGCAUUGUUUGCUGUCUACCAUCCACGGUUCAUCGCAUCCGCGACCUCUGCCCCGGCGCCACCCCUGUCAUUAUUGAACAGCAACAGCUCGAUAACAAGACGCAUGAUGAGAGGUGGCUCGAUUUGGCUACCUCUGAUGGUGGAUGCUACAUCAUUUACACAUCCGGGACAACUGGCAAGCCCAAAGGCGUCGAUGUAUCACACAAGAAUGUUGCCAAUCUUGUCUGUAUGUCUCCCGGAAACCUGGGGAUUCGACCAGGCAAUCGAGUGGGACAAGUCCUCAACAUCAGCUUUGACAUGGCCGCCUGGGAGAUCUUUGCGUGCCUGUGUAACGGUGGCACCCUUGUCAUCCGGGGUUCCAAGUGGGAACCCGCCAUUGAGCUGCUCGACACACUCAUCUGCACACCAUCUAUUCUGUCCAAGUACCAUCCUACUAAGUAUCCCAAGAUCAGAGUCGUGGCUACUGCGGGCGAGCCAACCUCACAAGAUCUGGCUGAUCUGUGGGCGACGCAUGCGACGUACUGGAAUUGCUGUGGUCCUACGGAAACAACCAUUGUCAACACUAUGCAGAAACACAUCGUUGGAGACGGCCUGUCUAUCGGCUCCCCUACCCCUAACAACAACGUCUACAUCCUUGACGACAAUGGAAAACCGGUACCGGCAGGUGAGCCUGGUACUAUGUGGGCCGGGGGAAGCGGCGUGUCUCGCGGCUACGUUGGCCUCGAGACCAAGACAAAGGAGUCUUACAUUCCAGAUCCCUUUGCGAACGAUGGAUCCAAAAUGUACUGCACCGGCGAUCUGGGUCGAUGGCGACCCGACGGCUCCAUUGAGAUUCUUGGCCGUGUCGAUGACCAAGUCAAGGUCAAGGGUUUCCGCGUCGAGCUGGAUGGCGUCUCCUCGUCCAUGGCCUCAGCGCCUGGUGUCACCCGUGCCUGCGCACUACUAAUUGAUGGCGAGAUCCACGGCUUUGCCAUCUCUUCGAACCAGGAUUCUGAAGCCAUUUUGAACCACACUCGCAGACUUCAGCCCUACUAUGCUGUGCCGUCAAGCCUUCAUCUUCUGGAUGAGUUCCCUACGACCGCCAAUGGGAAGAUUGACAAAAAGGCUCUCCGUUUGCUGGCUACUGUCCCUGCCUCGCCUGCAAUCUCUGAGUCUUCGACCGUUGCUACUUCGGACUCUCUAGCUAGUCUUCGAUCUGUUUCUUCAUUCUCGACCCUAGCGGCCGCUUCUGACAAGGAAGAAGACAGCAAGAUUAGCGAAAAGAUUGACUUGUCCGCGUCAAUUCCCGAGAAGAAGUGGCCAAAGCCCUGGAGAGGCCUUUUGAAGCGUGUGCUUAUUGUGUACCGCGUUCUCUUGAGCUUUGUGGGCCUCAUCAACAUUGGAGUCCUCAUCGCUGUCCUCCUUCUCAACCCCAAUGUUGAAUGGCUCGCCACCAUCACGGCAGCAAACCUCGUCGCUGGUGUGCUCAUCCGCCAGGAUGCUGUCAUCAACAUUCUCUAUACCGUUUGCUGCUCUGUUCCGAAAUCCUUUCCCUUCUGGAUCCGCCGCCGCUGUGCCAAGAUAUACCAUCUCGGCGGUAUCCAUUCUGGCGCUGGUAUCUGUGCCACUGCUUGGCUGCUGGCGUCUACUAUCCAGGCUACAGUUGCCCGGUUUCAGCAUGGGCGGCCAUCUGGAGCCUCCUUGGCCAACCUGGUGGUGUCGUGGCUGCUUUGUGCGCUCUGCUUUGGUAUCCUCGCCUCGGCCCUGCCCAUGUUUCGCAAAGCCAAGCACAACAUGUUUGAGAAGAUGCAUCGCUUCAUGGGAUGGACCGCACUUGCACUCUUCUGGGCCAAGACUGUCGUCUCUGUGUACGACUCUACCCCGGCUGGAGAGGACCUUGGCAUAGCGCUGAUCAAGACACCGUCCUUUUGGAUGCUCGGUGUGGCCACAUGCAGCGUUGCCUCCUCUUGGGUCUUCCUCCGCAAGGUCAAGGUCAACGCCGAGCCGCUGUCCGACCACGCUAUCCGCCUGCACUUUGACUACACCGUCCCCGUCAACGGCAGCUUCACUCGCGUCUCCCACCGCCCGCUCCUCGAGUGGCACUCGUUUGCAACAAUCCCGGCGCCGCAGCCUGACAUCGAGAACGGGAUUGAGUCAGGAUACUCUCUCGUGGUAUCCAACGCCGGCGACUGGACCAAGGCAUGCAUCCAGAACCCCCCUACAAGCCUCUGGGUCCGUGGGGUUCCGACCUGCGGUGUCAUGCGCAUUGCGACACUGUUCAACCGCGUGGUAGUUAUUGCUACAGGAUCGGGCAUUGGCCCCAUGCUAGGCCACAUCGGACAACCGAGCUGUCCCACUCAGCUCAUCUGGUCAGCUGCCUCUCCUGAGAAGACGUUUGGCAAGAGGGUCAUGAAUACCAUCAAGGGAACAAUCCCUGGCGCUGUCAUCCACGACACCCGCACUCAGGGCCGGCCCGACCUUGUCCGCAUGGGCUACAACAUGGCCAAGAGCUUUGGCGCCGAGGCCGUCAUCAUCAUUGCCAACGAGAAGAUUACUAAAAAGGUGGUAUAUGGGCUGGAGACGCGAGGCAUCCCUGCUUACGGUGCCAUCUGGGACAGCUAA